CAUUGGUAUUGUGUUUCGGUGUUUGGUGAACAGGAAAAACAACGGUUAAGAUCACGCUUGAUAGGGAUAUUACUAGAGCUUUUUCUGGAAAAACAGCUGGAACUGCCUUUGGAAGCAAUUGAACAAAUUUGGUUCCAGUUUUUUCUCAGGGUUGUAGUCUGCCACCUUGAUUCCUAUACCAACUGCUUUGGUGCCAGAAAGUCGGAGUGGGCCCCAAUCAAUGCCACCUGUUACUUAGUAUACACCAUAUGUCAGUGAGCUCCUAGUUGCCUCCCAGACACGUGGCUCUCUGAAGCUCUCUGAAGCAACUCUUCAUCUCAUUGGGUGAGAACCACUUUAGGAGUCGGCUGGACUGGAUUAGUUGCUUUCAGUCAAAUGCUAACUGGCAGCUGAGGCAUGCCUUGUGUUCCACCAAGCUCAUGGUUCUGUGUGCUUGAGAGAGCUUGACAGGUUGGAGAUACUGGAUGCUGGAAUCCUUUCACUGACCAUCCGGACAAAAUGUGGGAGGUUAUCUGAAAAGUGGUAAUUUUGGAUAUUGUUAUAUAACAGUAUAUCUUUUUUUCUGAAAGAAAGGGAAAAAAUCUGUGAUAUAUUUUCUUGUGGUUUGACAUAUAUGAAGUGACAGGAGAAGCAAGGAGGGUGUAACAUCGUAAAUAUAUAAUACUUUUCUUCAUCGGUUAAAAAAUUUGUGGACUGCAGGAACACUAUAUUUUUCCUGGAGAUAGAAAAACUGUCUGUGUUCCUUGGAUUUGUGUCAUGGCUAAACAAGAGGAUAGACUUGAGCGCAAACCAAUUAACUUAUUAAGUUUGAUGAAGUCUCAUCCUCAACGCUAUCACGGGGUGUUUUCCUUCGAAUUCUGCCACCAUCGCAAUUACCGUGAAUCUGACAUGCCCGAUUCCCCUGAGUCAAAGCCUCUAACACAACCGUCGCCUCCAGGUAAUCUCAUGGCCAUACCACCAAGGUCACUCUCCACUGGAAGCACCAUGUCUGGCAUGAAUGGCAGUCACUCCCCACACAGUAGCACCAAUGGCCGCACGCCAUCACCACCAUCUAUGGGAAAUUCAACCUCCUCGCAGCAGCUGCCACCAGCCUGUGGCGCUCGACAACUCAGCAAACUGAAAAGAUUUCUGACGACCUUGCAGCAGUUUGGCUCUGAUAUAUCACCAGAAAUCGGGGAACGUGUACGAAGCCUCGUACUGGCACUUGUUAAUAAUCAUCUUUCUAUUGAAGAAUUCCACAGCAAAUUGCAGGAAGCUACCAAUUUUCCUCUCAGGCCUUUUGUCAUCCCAUUUCUAAAGGCAAAUUUGCCCCUGCUACAGCGUGAACUCCUUCACUGUGCCCGCAUGGCAAAACAAACCCCGCAGCAAUACCUGGCACACAACGAACACAUUCUGUUCGACCCAACACACUCGCCUCUGGAGCCCCAGGACAUGCUGGGACCUGAGAUUAAUGAGAAUGGCAAACGGCGGCUGUCCCCUGAUGGUUCCAAAGAAAAUGGCUGCACGCCUAGUCCCGAGGGUUACCCUCCUGCCAAACAUCCCAGGUCCAUCAGUCCUGCCAGUAAUACCAGCCGCGUCAGCCCGCAGAGCACACUCAGCAUCAACACAAAUGGGCCAAUCCGAUUGGAUGAUUUAAGAGAAAUGAGGGAACGGGAGGAGCGUGAAAGGUUACAGCGGGAAAGGGAGCUUCAGAUGAGAUUACAAGAUAGAGAAAGACAUUUAAGUGGUUAUGCAUUUCAGAGACCAGAGGCGUACAUGGAUCAUAUAGACCGUAUUGAUGAUGACUGGAAACACAUUGAUAAUAUGUUGCACUGCAUUGUGGGAAUGGUGGACAAAACAAGACGCGCUCUUGAUGUGCUGCGCGAGCGCUGCCAGCGCGAUCGCGAAGAACUGCACACCUGGAUGCGCAGACAUGCAGAGGGGGUCGACCAGGACAUGAAGAAACGCACCAAUGAAAUGAUGGCACACACGCUGAGACAGACCGAGGACAGAGUAACGGAGGUCAAAAGGAGGGCAGAGGAAGCAGUGAAUGAAGUCAAACGCCAAGCAGUGUCUGAGUUGCAGAAAGCUGUAGCUGCUGCUGAGGCCAAAGCUACUGAUCUUGUCCGCGAGGAGCGUGCAAAGAUGGAGCGUGCUGUCAAAGAUGCACGGAAACAGACCCAGGAGGAAAUUUUGACGAUGGUGAACACUCAAGAUGAAUCGAGUGAGAGCUGUUGGAACUGUGGUAGGAAGGCAAGUGAGACGUGCAGUGGCUGCAACAUUGCAAGGUACUGCGGCUCUUUCUGCCAACACAAAGACUGGGAAAACCACCAUCAUGUGUGUGGACAGGCACAAACGGCACGCGAGGCCCAUGCUGCACAUGCACAACAUCCCAAAGCUGCAGCUGCUGCAGCCACCACAACUGCCACUACUUCUACUUCAUCCUCCUCCUCAUCAUCAUCAUCAGUGGUGACACAUUCACGGGGCGCAGACACAGUGGUAGCAAGCACAGAAGCAACCACCACUGCAUCCACCUCUGUCACCAGUCACAUCAAUACAGUCACCACCUCAUCAAGUCGACCAGAAUCUAGGUCAAGUUUGCCAAGGUCAAGGUCAAACACACCAGAAAAACCAAAAGCGGAGGCUGCAAGAUAAACAGGGGUGUUUACAUUAUAUUUUGUUUAUUAUUUUGAUAGAAUGGUGGUGGCUGAAAUAUUGAUUGACAGUACAAAAGAUGAUAAACUUGUUCACAUUUCAUCCUGGAGAAGGUGACAUUGUGUUUGCAUUUUUUAGGGUUAUCGAUGUUGAAUGAACUUUUCAAUAGAUGUCAGCACGGGAGCAUGCUAUUCCUUAUAAGUGAUUGGGAUUUUGAAACCCUGCCAAGUGCUUGGAAGAGUCAUCAUGUUGGGCUGUCUGUCAUGAAGUAUGUGAACAUGUAAACAGCUACCGUUUUUUUUUUUCCUUUUUCUGUGAUGAACUCCUCAGCAGUGUUAUUUGUAUUCAUGACCACAAUUGAUGCCACAUAUUUGUUUAUAGGAAGGAAAAACCAGAAAAAAACUGCCAGCUGUACAUACAUGUAGUAGAUUAGGACAUUAGUAAAGCAUACAAAUGCAAAAACUGGAUGAAGUGUUUUCAUGCUCAGCAGGUAGAAAUCCGUUGAUAACUGAUGUGGUGUUUAUAGCCUGUAUUUUUCAAUUUUUCAAUAUUACAAAUUGUGUAAAGAAAAACGGGAAAAAAGAAACUUGGGCUAUGUAGAAAUGGCUGUCAUCAACAUUGCCUGUUCUUUCACAAUCAUUGGGUAAAUUUUUGGGGGAAAAUCUAAACUGGAGGUGGAUUUCCCAAGUCCAGACACACAAGCUCUGCAUGUUUAAACUAAUUACUUACAAAAUAUGAACAAAAUCAGACAUAAACGAUCGUCAAGGAUGUUUUGUUUUUCAUACUAGUGAAAUAUAAGAAGUAUUGAAAUUUUUAUUCAUUUAUUUAUUUAUUUAUUUAUCUUUAUCUUAAUUUUUUCUUUAGUAAUUCUAAUUUGUUUAUCUCAAGAAAAUUUGGAAUAGAUGAUGUUUGAUGAAUAUUCUCCAGGUACAUAAGAAUGAUGCAGAACAUUAUAAUAAGAGGGAUUUGUGGAGAAUAAACUUGCACUUAGAAAAGCUGAGUAUACAAACUUUUAUUUAAGUAUCUAAUCUACAUACAAAUGCAUUGUACAAAUUCAUGUUUCAAACACCAAAUGUCUAUAUGUCUAAGAUAGUAGGUAUGUGUAUAUCAAAAAGAAAAAAGUAUUUGGAUCUCAUCAGAUGGUGUCGUGCAUUAGGGUUAGUGUACAGUCAUUGUUAUUAUUUCAGUAUAUUCAAAAAUACUGAAAUAGGUGGUUUUAUGAGUACAAAGAUUUGUCAAAGAAGUGGAAAGGUUUUUGGAGACCUUUCUUAAUUCUUUGUUGAUUUGUAAUUAACUUUGCGUGAUGAUUGAUACAAGCUGUUAGGGACUAUAUUUUGUGUGUGAUCAAGACACAAAAUGACCUCUUGCUUUAAGAUAAGACUGCAGUCUUUAUGUAGAUAUAAAUUGAUGUGCUUUUGGAAAAGUCACUGUUAUUAUUCAACUAUGGAGAAAUUAGAAAAUAGAUAUAUAUUUUCCUGUAGUUUUGUAGCUGUCAACCGUUGCCAUAUUUUCUGCAAAUAAAACAAUGUAUUUAGACUGUAUAUUACCAAAUAAAUGUGACAAAAAAGAAGAAAAAUUAAUUGAUUUCAGUGGCAGACUUGAUUGUAUCAGGUAUCUUCAUCCUUUAACAGUUAAAUGUCUGCAACUGUUUAACAUAUUGUUUCAGAGAUAGUUUAACUCUAAACCUCUGUAUGAAUUAAAAGCCCAAGAUCUCACGUUGUUCCAUACAUUGUAUGUAUGAAGAAGAUGCUUUAUUAGUACUAUUAUUAAUAUGUACACAUGCAGGUAUAGUGGCCAUCACGAGCUUCUCACCAAACUACUUCUACUACUAACUUACAUUUAGAAAUGACAUUAGAUUAUUUAGUUUCUGUUGAGAAUUGUACCCCAGAAAUACAGACCGCUUGAAAAUUUGACAACUGCAAUGGUUAAGCAUAUAACAGAAUUUAAAAGUAUUCAGAGUUCUCUGUCCACAUAUAUAAGUGUGAUAUAAUAACCAAAGGUAGUAUAUUAAAUUAAAAGUGAUAUUAGUUUUGGACAAGAAGGGUUAUAUUAGUGCACAUACAGCUGAUUUU